UUCAUCGUGUAUUUCCCAUCUUGGAUAUGCUAGAUCAUUUCUGAUUGGUCCCUUAAGGAUAUCCGGUUGAACUAUCAACAACGAUUUACAGAAUGGAACUGUUCCAUGCAAGGUUUCACUUGUGAGACUUGAGAAGAUAACUGAGCAAGAUGGGACGGCAUCCAUUUGGUACCAAGGCAUUCUGUCCUUUUAAAGGAUUGAAUGGUAGAUUUAACAUACACCUGUAUGUUAGCGAAGUGAUUGUCACGGAGGAAUAUUUUACCAUGUCCAUGUUUCAUGUUCAGUACAACUACAAUCCAAAUGUAAAGACACAUCUACAACUGGAGUGUGUUUCAUGGUACAUUUUAUAUGUUCCAAUAGUGGUGGAAGCAUAUAUAGUCCAAGACGUUGAUUACCGCUAUAAAAGCUUCGAACGCUUGUCCCUAGAUAUCUGUGAUGUGAACCGUUUGGUGAAGGCAGGAUUUUCUUGUACAGACCACAGAUCACCUAUCAUAGAGUGCACUGCCUGUGGAUUGCUGCUCAACCUCACUUCCCUUCAGGAAACUAAUCCAUAUGGGUAUCAUCUAAGGUGUUCACCAAACUGUGAAUUCUUUCAAGAGAACAGAUUGCAAAAUGGACAUCUCACAAUGACUAAUGGUGAAGAUACAUUUGCUCGUGAGAGAACCAACCGUUCUCUUCAGCCAUCUACACUGUUUAGAAUGGAGAAAACAGACAAUGCUACGAGUAGAAAUAACACAGAUGGGAUAAAAGCAAACCUAAAACGAGAGAAAGAUAGAAAGGUUCCUUUUCCGAAUGGUAACCCGUCCUUUGAGAUGAAAGGUGUUGAACAGAUAAGCCAUUUUAAUGGCAAUUUGCCGUCAAUGGAGUCACAAGGAGCUCAAGGUGGCGCUACGUCAAACACAACAUAUUCCCCACCACAUAUGUAUUUGACCGAACAGGACAGAAUAGCAUCCUUUCAGCACCAUUUGUGGCCAAAAGAGAACGUACAUCAGUUACCAAAAGAAUUGGCUGAAGCAGGUUUCUACUACACAGGAAAGGGAGACGAGGUCAAGUGUCACAUAUGUGAUGUGACUGUUAGCAAAUGGAAACCGUCCGAUGACCCAUGGAAAAAACACAGAAGUGUCUGUCAGUUUGUAACAACGAACGGACCACAAAAUGGCAUACAGGUAACAAAGGUGCUAUAUGGAGGAGGUGCUCAAUCAUCCACAGAUCUGACCAACAAUGGUUCAACUGAUCCACCUGUAUGGUGUGCUGUACCCAACAAUGAUAAUAUGAUAUCAAGAAAAGAAACUGUGAGAGAGAACGAGAAUAUAGCAGGUGCCCGGGGUGGUGAGGUUUCCUGCCCAAUACGUAGCUCAAGGUACACAGAGCAGAACGCACGCCGUGAAACCUACCUUCACUGGCCGCAUCGUGCUGAGGUUGACAUUGAUUAUCUAGUGAAAGCCGGGUUCUUUUACACAGGAGAGGAAGAUAUUGUAAGAUGUUUCUACUGUGAUAUCGGACUUGCGGAAUGGAAUCCAGAUGAUGACCCCUGGGUAGAACACGCCCGUCAUAGUCCGGAAUGCCCAUAUCUCAGGGACGAGAAGGGUCAAGAUUACAUCAAUAACAUUCAGACGCAGUGGGCACGGGUUAACAAGCUGGUUUAUCCCCGAUUUACACAAAGGGGAGCGAGAAGAAGAACAUUUGAAAACCUUCGUUGGCCAAGGGAUGAAAGAGUACAAACACCCGAACAGCUUGCAGUCGCAGGCUUCUUUUACACCGGAGUUGGGGAUUAUGUACAAUGCUUCUACUGUGGAGGGGGCCUGAGCUGUUGGGAACCCGAUGAUGACCCCUGGUUAGAACAUGCGCAUUGGUUCCCGUAUUGCAAGUUUGUACUGAAGAUGAAAGGGCGAACAUUUAUCCAAGUUUCUGAUGCUGCAAAUACUGCAGGCGAAGCACCUAUGCUACAACCUGCUGCAGGACUGACUUGUGAGGACGACAUACACCCGAAUGGAAACACGACUGAGUGGACCGAGGACGAGGAGGAAAUAUAUCAGCUAAGGCGGAUUUUUCUGUCGGUAUUAUUGGUGUGGACAUGGUUGGAUGAAAUAUUGAUGUACAUGACGACAUACCCCAGAUUGGGAACACGACUGAGUUGAUCGAGGAUGAAGAGAAAUAAAUCUGCGAGUAGCUGGCGUUUGAAAUUGUGUCCGUGUUCACAUAUUUGACGAAGGAGAUUGAAAGUUAAUUCAUCGGCUCCAGUCAAGGGUGUUCCAUUGACAAAGGUCGUCUUAAGCUUAAUUUGUGCUCGGAACGUCAUGAAAAGUUUUGACCUGACUAACAUCACAUCACUAUAUCAAUUUAAACAACUUGUAAGAAGAGCUGUAAGUGACAUCAUGUUACUAGACACAAGUAGAAUCUCUACCUAUGUCAACGCAGGUGAUAGAAAAUACAACAUCCUACUCUGCCAACAUAGAAAAUAUUCAAGUAACUUCGAGUUUAAUCUACACAGAAAUCAUCUUACUGUAUCACCAACUUGUAACCUGUGGUAAUGUCCAUGAAACAGUACAUCAUUAUUUUUUCAUUUUUAACAAUAUGAUGAACCACUUAAAACCCUCAUGGAUAGAUUAUUUGAUGUUAAUCACAAUUACUACACUCUGGAUGUACUUCUAUCUUGCUGUGGUGAUUGUGAUAAACAAACCAAUGUAAAUAUAUUUGAAUGUUCUGCCGAGUGUGUCAGAGCUACACAUAGAUUUCAACAUAUAUAAUACAUUAUAUAUUUCUGAUUUGAUAUUAUGGCUCUUAAAUAUGAAAACCAUCUGUUACGACUGUUAUUCAACAUAAUAAACAUUGUGUGUCAUCAUCCUUUCCUUUUCCUAUGGCCGCCUUUCCCCCUUUUGAUCUGAUAGGGAUACAUUUUGUAUGUUUUGUACGCUAUGUAUCAUUCAUCAUAAUUAUUGCAUAGUGUUGUUUUAUUUGAUAGAAUAAUUACUAAGCAAGGACAAUCUCAUAAUGGUAGACCAAUUAAAAACCUCAGUUUGCAUAUAUCUGUUUACUCUCAUUUUUGUAUUAGAUGUCGUAGUCAUUUGGAUUAAAUAACAGGCAAAGCCUAUAUAAAUUCUCUCCGUCAAAUGGCCAAAGUGGAAUAAACAAUGAGACAUAAUAU